AUGAUACACUUUUUAAUUGGUAUAAUAGACAUAGGCAGCACGGGUACAAGAUUUAAUAUUUUUAAAUAUUCAAAAGACAAAGAACUAAUCCAAUACCAAAAGUAUGAAGUACAAGGUGGUCUACAUAAAAUGAAUUUUUAUAAUAUAAAAAAGAGCAUUAUUUCUCUUAUAGAUCAGGUACCAAAUUUUGUGUAUAAUAUACCUAUUGGGGUAUAUUGCACUGCAGGAUUUAGACAUCCGUUAAAUUUCAAAAAGUUAUUUUAUGUUGUAAAGCUUUUAAAAAAGUAUAAUAUAAAAGAAUAUGGUAUUUUAAGUGGCAAAUAUGAAGGAUUUUUAGGCUAUCAAGCUCUUAAAUACAUUUUGAAAACACCAAAUUUUACAUUAAUAGACAUGGGAGGUAAAAGUACACAAGUUGUUUCAAAAGGAUUUUACAAAAGUUAUAAUUUAGGCUUUACAAAUAUCAAAAAAAUAAGUAAAAUUAAGAACAUUGUGCCUAUAGAAGAUAACAAGCCUAUUUAUAUUAGCUCAAAAUUUACAAAAGAUAAAUUUAUAAAUAUUAACAGUAUAAAAAAUAAAUAUUUAAGAAUUUUUUUAGAACGCCUUGGAAUUAAACAACAAUUACGUGGUAUUGAAGUUAAUUGGACUUUGGGAAUGUCUUUGAGAUAUCUUAAUAAUAUUUCAGACAAUUAA